AUAGUUCAACACCAUCAAAGCGAAGUACCACUAAGCACCACUAGUGAAACGACAAGAAAGAAAACCCGUAGACCGAAAAUAAUAAGCGAUGACAAGCACAACCAAAAGGCGAAUGCAAAGACUACAUUGGCAAUAACAACAAUUACGGCACCUAC